CGGCGCAGGGAGAAAAGGGGUGGCGAGCGGAGGGACGGGGAGCGGGAGCGGGAACGGGGACGGGACCGAGACCCCCACCAGGACAGACGCAGGGUCGGGGACUAUCGCGCUGGGGAGCAAAGAGUUUUGGAAAAAUCCCGCCAAAGCCGGACGCCGCGGGAGGGACCCCGGAGGCCCACCUGGGACGCAGCCCCGCCCCCCUGGCCCGCGCCUUGGGAAACCCCGGAGUCACCGCCCUACAGGAAGGAGGGCACCGGGCGCCGCGGACCGGAAAGUUACAGCGAACCCCCUUCGGGGCUGUAUCUGCCCUCGAACCCCAGGCCUGGACGGGAGGACGUGGAAUACUACCAGUCGGAGGCGGAAGGACUCCUGGAAUGCCACAAAUGCAGAUACUUGUGCACUGGGAGAGCCUGCUGCCAAAUGCUGGAGGUUCUCCUGAACUUGCUGAUCCUGGUCUGCAGCUCUGUGUCUUACAAUUCCACGGGGGGCUACACGGGCAUCGCCAGCCUGGGGGGCAUUUACUAUUACCAGUUUGGAGGGGCUUACAGUGGUUUCGAUGGCGCUGACGGGGAGAAAGCGCAGCAGCUGGACAUCCAGUUCUACCAGCUCAAGCUGCCCACGGUCACGGCAGCAAUGGCCUACAGCGGAGCCCUCAUGGCCUUCUGCUGCUUCCUCAUCGCCUUGGGCGUCCUGCGGGUCCCGUGGCAUUGCCCCCUGUGGCUGCUGAUCGAAGGCUCGCUGGACAUGCUCAUCGCCGGGGCAUACGUGCCCGUUCUGUACUUUUACUUCCACGCGCUAUUGGCCGCCUACGCCUCCCCCGUGUGCAAGGAGCGGGAGGCGCUGUACGAGAGCAAAGGCUACCGCGGCUUCAGCUGCACGUUGCAUGGGGGAGAUAUAGGCGCUGGCAUCUUUGCUGCCCUGGGCAUUGGGGUCUUUGCCAUGGGGGCCGUGCUGGCCUUCAGGGGUUACCGCAAGGUCAGGAAGCUCAAGGAGAAGCCUGCAGAAAUGUUAGGGUUUUAGGCUUUUUAAAACGUUCUGCCAAACGUAAGUGAUGUAAGUUCCUCUGAAUCUAUGGGACUAUGUUGCGGAACUUGCCAAGGCUUGACAAGUAACAGGCCAGCUCUGGGAUGCUGGGUGCAGCCCGGGUUGCGCGGACUGUCGUUCUCUGACAUCAUAAGCCUCGUUCAGUCCUCUGUUGGUGAGGGACUAACCAAAAUUCUUUUUAAAACAAAAACUGGAGCCCUAGACCCACCAGGAAAGGCUUGUGCUGCAGCAACGUGCACUUCUUGAUUAAUAAAGGGAAAUGACGAGUGAAUUUAAAGAACCUUGUCUUCAGAGUUCAAGAAAAGCCACAUAGACACAAGACAUCUCCGCCUGAACUUUUCUAGGCAUGGCUGUCUUAAGCAGAUCAGCCCCUGUAUUUUCCACGAGGAACUCCGCAGUCCUUCACUUCCUUCAUGCCCUGGGUGCAGGGUUGGAAUUGCUGGGAGACUCCUGUAAAAUUUAAGUUGGAGGUAGGCGUGGGCUGAGGAAACAGGAAUCAGAUUAAUUUGCUGCAAAGAAGCUAUUCUAAAAGGCCCCUUACCAUGGCUUUGAAAGCUCAAUAAGUGUUUUGUACCUCUUACAAGUGUACCAUUGUAUGAAGACUAAAACCCGGCGUCUGGAAUUCAGGGUCCAUGCAGAAUUAAAGAAUGUCAACUUUUUUCUCAAAAGAAGAAUGCUACUUUUGGCCAGACGACUUCAUGGGUUCUUAUUACAUGUUAAAUUGUGACUUAUAGUACAUUACAAUAUAUUCUUGGUACAACUGAAUGUUAUUUGCUUUAUUUGAGUUUAAUAAAAUUCCAAAGAAAAUUUUAA